AUGUGUUCUUUGCUUCAACAGGCAGUGACUGGCCCUCUAGGAAACAAAGUGGAAGUUCAAGAUCAAUCUUUUGCAGAGCACAUGCUAGAACAAGCAAAUGCCCUCCAAGCAAGGAAUCCUAAUAAUGAUCCUUACUCAAACACGUACAAUCCGGGGUGGAGAAAUCAUCCUAAUUUCAAGUGGAGCAACAAUUCAAAUGUGCAACAAUCUCAAGGACCUCCCCCAGGAUUUCAAAUACAACAGAGGCAAUUCCAGCAAGCUCCCCAACAACUACAAGAGCAAAGGGGUGAUCAAAUGGGAGAAUUGCAAGAUAAGUUCAAGAAGUUCAUGGGGCAACAGAUGCAAACCAAUCAAAUUCUUCAAAAUGCAGUGAACAAGCUAGAAGUGCAAGUUGGGCAGAUUGCAUCCUCCUGGAGCAAUAGAGCAUCCGAAACUUUCCCAAGCCAAAUUGAGGUGAAUCCAAGGCAUCAAGAGCAUGCUAAAGCAAUACACAUCUUGAGAAGUGGUAAACAAGUUGAUAACAAAGUUGGAGAUGCCAAUGAAGAGCAAGAAGAUGGAGAAAAUGUGGAGAUCAUUCAACCACCACAUGGGCAGCCCAUAGCUUCCAACAAACAGUCCCUCAAUCCUUCGGGAAUGGAGUGGUUGGUGUAUUGCAUAGUUUUAGAUUGGAUUUCACUCAAAACCCACCAAAUGACUCCUCUCACCAUAAUAUGA